UGCAAGAAAUCGGCAGAAAUUAUUGAUAUUAUCUGGGACCGGAGCAAAGAAAUUGCGGAUUCAAAAGUUCGUUUAACGCUGAGUGAACUGUUAACCAAGACGAAAAUUAAGACAAAUAUUAUCGAUGAAAUCGGAGAUUUAGGAAGCAAAAGUUCUCCUGAUGCAAUAUCAGCGGUGCAACCUCAAGAUGAAAAGAAUCGCAACAAGCACGCUAUAAGAGAAGACAACCAGUCGGAUGAUCUGUUCAAAAAAAUAAAUGAUGAUAUUAAUGAGUCAAAUGAGGAGUCAAUUAUCGAGAAGUUGAUGAAAAUUCGCAUUGGAAGAAGUUCGAUUGCCAUCA